GGAAAUUCGACUGUAUCUAAACGUUCUCGAGUCUCUAUCCGGUUGAAAAUUGUAUGUUACCACCGAAUACGAGAACUGAAGCAGUUUUUCUGAAACCACGUGCACCAUUCAAAGUGGCUGCCUUCAACGUUCGCACACUAGUGCAGGUCGGACAACAGAUAGGGCUGGCUAUGUCUUUGGAAAGUCUUAAUAUUGAUGUUUGUUGUCUAUCCGAGACCCGUAUUCAAGAUUCUGGCGAAGUACUACAAAUUCGAUCUCCAUCUGUCGCUUCGAAAAGCUUGUUUUACGUGCGCUUAUCCGGGGACUCUGUGGCAUCUUCGUGUGGUCUUGCUGGCGUUGGUGUCGCACUAAGCGCUAGAGCUGAGGCAGCAUUGAUCAAUUGGAUUUCCAUUAGCAGUCAGGCAUAUGCUGUUAGAUUAGAGAGUUCCAUCAAAGUGAGAAGAAAUCGACGUGAGAAACGAUGUCUUUUCGUCAUCUCCGUCUGGGUUUCGUUCUGGUCGAGGUUGUAUUGAUCAUAUCUUCACCCUCCGCCAAAUGUUAGAACAUCGCCAUACUUAUCAAAGGCCAACAAUCGUAGUGUUUCUUGACAUCAGGGCUGCCUUCGAUUCGUUGGACAGGACUGUUCUCUGGGAUUGUCUAUUGAAGAAGGGUGUGCCUGAGAAGUUUAUUAACAUCCUAAAAGCCC